CGCUGAGCGGGGCUCAUGGCGGAGGCGGGCGGCGCGGCGGCGGCACCGCCGGACAUCGACCCGGACUUCGAGCCGCAGAGCCGGCCGCGCUCCUGCACCUGGCCCUUACCGCGGCCCGAGCUGCCCGCGGGCGCGGCCGAAGCGGGCGGAGCGGGCGCGGCGGCGGAGGAGGGCGCGGGCGGAGCGGCGGCGGCGGCGGCGGGGCCCGGGCGGACCGAGGGGGCGCGGGCCGGAGGCGGCGGCGGCGGAGCGGCGGCGGCGGCGCGGAAGGGCGGCUCCCGGCGGAACGCGUGGGGCAACCAGUCGUACGCCGAGCUGAUCAGCCAGGCCAUCGAGAGCGCGCCCGAGAAGCGGCUGACGCUGGCGCAGAUCUACGAGUGGAUGGUCCGAUCCGUGCCCUACUUCAAGGACAAGGGGGACAGCAACAGCUCCGCAGGAUGGAAGAACUCUAUUAGGCAUAACCUGUCCCUGCACAGCAAGUUCAUUAAAGUUCAUAAUGAAGCCACGGGGAAGAGUUCCUGGUGGAUGCUCAAUCCUGAAGGUGGUAAAAGUGGAAAAGCACCAAGAAGAAGAGCUGCAUCUAUGGACAACAGCAGCAAACUCGCUAAAGUCAGAAGUAAAGCAUCCAAAAAGAAACCCCCUCUCCAGUCUGCACCAGAAGCCACUGCUGACAGCCCUGGCUCCCAGUUCCCAAAGUGGCCUGGGAGCCCAUCCUCGAGAAGCAAUGAGGACUCUGAUGUGUGGAACACCUUCAGGCCUCGAACCAGUUCCAAUGCAAGCACCAUUAGUGCCAGGCUUUCUCCAAUCCUGACCGAGCAGGAUGACCUCCACGACGAAGAGCUUCUCCCAUCUAUGGUGUACUCCAGUGCAUCCAGCAAUGUUCCACCAACCGUGACUGAGGAGCUUGAGCUCAUCGACGGGUUGAAUUUGAUGUCUCCCAGCUCAUCCGUGCUGUCUACCCAGCAAUCCGCCUCCAGUGGUCAGAUCCAGAGAGAUUCCAGCUUUUCCUUGCGGAGCCCAAAUGCAGCUGGUCAGACCACUACGUUUGGCAAUUCCCUGUUUAACCCUGUUGAAAUGUCUCUGCAGAGUUCUGUCAGCCAUUUCUCUGGCCCGCAGACCUUGGAAGCUCUUCUGACACCCGGCUCUCCGCCUCCAAGGGAUGUGCUGAUGACUCAGGUGGAUCCAGUUCUCCCGCAGACUGGUGGCAGGAUGAGCAGCCGAACUCUCCUGCUUCUAGGUGGACAAUCCACCCAGAGUAAGAUGAGCUCAGGCAAUGCACGAGGAAAGCCUGCGGAGCAGCAGGCAGAACCAGUUGGUGCCAGUGUUUUGCCAUCAACGCUUCCCAUAGUAGCAUCUCCUCAAAACACUGCCAGCAUUAACAGUUUGAAGGCUCCAGUUUCUGCAACAACUGCCCAGUCGGUCCAGCUGGGCAGUCCUCCACUGCUUUCUUCUGCUGGCCCUGCUCCUCUGGGGCUGAACCAGGACAGGCUGCCCAUUGACCUGGACAUUGACAUGUACAUGGAGAACCUUGAAUGUGAUAUGGAUUACAUAAUCAACAGUGAACUCAUGGAUGGAGAAGGACUGGACUUUAAUUUUGAACCUGUUCCGUCUACUCCCAGCUACCCCAGCAGCUCACAGGCUUCCAGCCACACCUGGGUACCAAGUUAACUUCAGGAGCACAAAAAGUGUCCUUCAGGUUUUGAACAUUGGGUUCUGACUUCGCUUCCCACCCCUGGCAGAGAAAAGAACGGAGCAUGUUGGAUUUGCUUUCCCUGCACGCCACACCUUGGGCAGAAGGGGCUGCCCAUCUAGGAAGAAGGGGCAAACUGCAUCUGGCUGCAGCAGGAAGAGGUUAAAAAUAAGAAUCCUGUUACGUGCCACCUCUCUUCCUACAAACCUGACCCUGCCAUGGACCUUCUGGGGAAACCCUGGGCUGAGUGUGUCUGGAGAGGAGCCCUGGUAGAAACCUCGGCCAGAAGCCUCUGUGGCGGGCAGUAGUGUUUUCCCAUGUGAAGAGUUGGGUUUGCUGGAGGAAUGUCUCCAUGGCUGUCCUCUCUCUGCUACGGCAGAAAGUCUCCCAGUGCCUCGGGCUGGCGGAGGGCUGCUCGCUUCCCUCUUGCCUUGAAAUAGUUGGACGUUUUCAUUAAAGCCACCAGUUGUGCACUUGGAAUCCCACGGACCGGCUGAGGAAUGGGAAGCAGCGUGCUGAUGGAAGCCUGGUGGGAAGAGGGGUGCUGUUAUGGGGCUGGGGUCAGUGGUUCCACCGUGCCCUUCUCACCGGAUCAGCCGUCAUCUUUGUGCAGUGGAGGGCUGUGGUUGUGGCAUUCGGGGCUUCCUUCAUUCAUCUGAGAGGAGCAGUGUUGAGUUUUUUCACUGUGCCAACUGUGCCCUGUUGAAUCCUAAGCAUGUUUAGAGAAGUCCCUAUGCUGUUCUCAGCACGUUCCCAAUACACCAGGCUGAUGUAAAAUAGGCACGGGUGCCAAUAGCUGCUUCUGGGACGCGAAAACAUCAUCUGGGGGUUUGUUUCUCAUCUCUCAUGCUACAGCAGAGAAGGGGAAAGCCUGGGUGUGGCCUUAACAGAGCCCUGGUUGCUUUUCAGAAGGGCAUUUUCUAUAGAUGAAAUAUUUUUUUACUAAUCUGGGAACUUUCUACAGUGAAUAUGAAGCCAAUGUUAAGUGUGUCCCCGUUAGGCGUAUCAGGAGCCUCUGAGGAGGUGCCAGUGACAGACUUCUUUUUCAGAGCUGCAUUAGGAACAAACGUAUUUGAUGUUGGAUAAUGUAUAGGAUUGAGGGGAGAGUUGGCAGAUCCCCACAGUUUCCAACCGCCGUGGGGAAGGGUUGUACAUUAAUGUAAUCUAUAUGUAAAAGUAGCUGCAAAUUACAUAGAAGCUUUUCUAAACCUUUUUAAAUAUAUAUUAUAUAUUUUAAUUGAAAAUGAGAUUAUUGGAUAAAAAAAAAAAAAA